CAAAUACUCAAACACACACACACACGCACCUCCGGCACGCUACUUACUGGACUCGCAUUCAAAGUUCUGGGGUAUUUGCAUCCAAACCUCACAGCGAAGAGCUUCCUGAUGAACUGAGCGCCUCCUGCAUCAUGAGUUUCUUUGGGAAGUUGAAACCAUCUCUACUACACAGUGGGCCACCAGCUCCACCCAGGAGAACAGAUAACAGUUCAGGAUAUGGCUGGCCAGAAGGGGAAUUUGACGAUGAAGAUGGUGAUACAUAUGAAGCUCCACCAUGCGAACGUCCCACCGUUAAAGUCCAGCCGCGUCAAGUAGAGGAGAAUGUUUACCUGGGUUAUCCGGAUCGAAACCCAAACCCUGUUAUUCCCAAAAGACAGGCGGCACCACCGCCACGGCCGGCCAAGAUCACACCCAAAAGCGUGAAGCCAGAACCGGCCCCCGACCCCGAGGAGUUUUACAUCGACCCCAAUGAUAGCAAACCUCCUGAGGUAAUACGUAAAGACAAACCUGGUAAAAAAGCCCCACCUAAGAGACCCCCGAUGAGACCUCCACCGGCCCCUCAGCAAGACGAAGAUGUUUACUUGGACCCAAAUGAAGGACAGGAUGAAGAUACCUAUCUCGAACCUGUAGCAGAACCUCCUGCGCCCCGAAGCCAGGCCCGUAUACUACUGCCUCCUAAAAAUGUAGGACGAGACCCGCCACCACAAAUAAUGAAACCUCCUGUUCCCAGAGCCAAGUCUAGUUCGGUCCUGAUCGGUGACCCUGUGAACAAAGUUAUGCCGCCGGAAGUCAAACGUGCCACGUUUUCUGGCCAGAUGCCACCCGCACUAAACAGCAAAGCGGUUCCUCCCAUCAUCCUCCCCAAAGAACCCAAACCCAGUCCUCCUCCUCCUCCUCCUCCAUCUCUGGACGGCUCAGCGCUUUCUUUUGGAGCAAAGCCAGCCGCUCAGGAGGCGGGGCUGGAGGACCAAGAGUGGUUCGCUGGAGCUUGUGAACGUAAGACUGCAGAGGAAGCCGUGUUCAGGAUUAAGAAGGACGGCACGUUUCUGGUGAGAUACAGCAGCUCUCAGAACGACCGGCAGCCCUUCACGCUGGUCGUGUUUUACCGGCAGAACGUCUACAACAUCCCCGUGCGCUUCCUGGAGGAUUCACAGCAGUACGCGCUCGGGAAAGAGGGCAAGAAGACGGAAGAGCUCUUCAGCAGUUUGCAGGAGAUGAUCUGUCAUCACACGAAGAACCCCAUCCUCCUGAUCGACCGUAAGAGUCAGGCUAAACACAGCACUCACCUCUCUCACCCCGUUCGGCCCUAACACCCCGUCCUGCUCUCUUCAAGCUCCUCCGCCUCACUCUCUGACAGAGUUAUUUAUUACGUUAUGUUUGUAGCGCAGUCUGAUGUUUAUCUUGUGUCUCGUGUUCAGUGCAUUUCACGUCUGGGGAUUUUAGAGUAUGGUGACUUAUGUAGUGUUCAUUGAAUGACUUCAGUUAAACUCUACACAUAUAUAUAUAUAUAUAUAAUGUUUACAGGACAACUUGUUGUCUCGGUGUAAAAUACUUAAUAAAUAAAGAUAAAAAGAACACUUGA